AAAUUAGAAUUUAAUUAGAUUUUACAAACGUGUAAUCUACUCUCUUGCAAUGAGAAGAAGAAAUAUAAUACACGAGACAUACGUGUUUUUGGAUUCGUCUGAAGUAUAAGUAUUAUAAGUAAUUCGUACAUUAGAGUUUAUACUUUACAUUAUUUGUUCGUUAAUUUAACAACAUAUGUGUCAUUAUUAGAAAGAAAACUCAUAUCUACGCAUUGCUAUUACUGUAAAAGGACGAUAACAAUAUAAAAUGACUUAAACUUUUGCAAUGCAAUAGCGUACCAAACUCCUUGCAUUUUAACAGUUCCAGCAUAAACCAUACAGAGGAAACGUCACAUCUAAACAGGUAUUGGCCCGAUAAAAGCACGUGAUUGAAAUAAACAGUUGGCAGGUUUUUCAUUCCUCUUCAAGGAAGUUUAGUAUCAGUAAGAUAUCGAAGGUUCUAUAGAAAAAUGCCCAUCGACGAAGAUCACAAAGAUUUAUUUCACGUUGCCGAUUAUGCAGUAUUUGCUGUUAUGUUAGCUAUAUCCGCUUUUAUAGGGAUAUACUACGCAUGCAGCGGAAGUAAACAAAAAACUACAGAUGAAUUUCUUAUGGGCGGAAGAUCUUUAAGUGUCUUUCCCGUAUCCAUGUCAAUUUUGGCAAGUUUUAUGUCGGCCAUAACUCUACUGGGAACACCCGCAGAAAUUUAUCAAUACGGAACUCAAUACUGGAUAAUUAAUCUGGCUUUUAUUAUAGUUAUGCCAGCAACCGCUUAUUGUUACUUACCUGUUUAUUAUAACCUAAAUAUUACGAGCGCAUACGAGUAUCUGGAACUGAGAUUCAAUCGUUUGAUAAGAACGUUAGGCUCUUCGGUAUUUACCAUUCACAUGAUCAUGUAUAUGCCUAUUGUAUUGUAUGCUCCGGCACUCGCUCUCUCCGAAGUUACUGGUCUGAAUUUAUGGGUCUCUGUGCUUUCAAUCGGGAUAGUCUGUACUUUCUACACUAGUAUUGGUGGAAUGAAAGCUGUUGUGUGGACUGAUUUAUUUCAGACUUUAUUAAUGUACGCAGCCAUGUUUGUAGUGGUCUUUAAAGGCAUUGCAGAUCUGGGAGGAUCUGAUAUUGUUUGGAGGCGUAAUUUGGACGGAAAACGAAUCGAAUUUUUCAAUUUUGAAUUGGACCCAACAGUCAGACACACGUUCUGGAGUUUAUUUUUCGGAGGAUAUUUCACUUGGAUGGGAAAUUAUGCAGCCAAUCAAGCUAUUGUCCAGAGAUAUCUCACUUUGCCUUCCCUCAAUGCAGCCAGACGAUGCUUGUGGAUCAAUGUUCCCGGGUUGAUCAUCCUCAUAACCAUCACUACUUUAGCCGGAUUAGUGAUAUAUGCACUCUAUUAUGAUUGCGAUCCCAUUCAAACUAAUUAUGUUGGUGCAACAGAUCAGCUUUUUCCCAGAUUUGUAAUGCAGACAUUAGGAUUUCUUCCUGGUUUACCUGGAUUGUUUGUUUCUGGUAUAUUCAGUGGAGCGUUAAGCACAGUAUCAUCAGGUGUAAAUUCAUUAGCAGCAGUAACUCUAGAAGAUAUCAUAAAAGCCUAUAUUGUUAAAGAUAUAUCUGAAGUUUGGGCUACAAGAGUUACAAAAAUAACAGCUUUCGUUUAUGGAGUUUUAGCAAUUGUGUUAGUAUUUGUGGCACAGCAGUUGGGUGGAGUUUUGCAGGCUGCACUCAGCAUUCAUGGUAUGGUUGGUGGUCCCAUGUUAGGAUUAUUUUCCCUAGGCAUGAUAUUUCCAUGGACUAAUUCUUUGGGAGCAGGUUUAGGUUUGUUAUCUGGUUUUGUGGCAUCCUUUUGGAUUGGAAUGGGUGCUUUUGUACAUAAGCCAUAUCAUCCCAAGGCACCACUCUCAGUUUCUGGAUGCAUUGACUAUUUCAACAAUGUAACUACUACUAAUGUAACAGUAUAUGCAACAAAUGCUACUUUCUACAGUCCAGAGAGUAACGGAGAGGAAGUUUUUGUUCUUUAUCGAUUAUCGUACAUGUGGUACAGUGCAAUAGGAUGCAUUGUUUGUGUUGUCAUUGGUUUGACUGUGAGUUUCAUUUCAGGGCCAACAAAACCUUCUGAUGUGGAUAAUGAAUUAAUAAGUCCAGUGUAUAAAGCUCUCUACAUCAGUUUACCUACCAACAUGCAGAAAUAUUUCAAGCUUCGUGGAUAUGAAGUUAAGAAGAAAGAGGUUAUUAAAGAAGAACUCAUAAUGACCCAGGUAACAAGAAAUGAACAAAUGAAGGAAGGAAUAACAAAUAUCAGCUUUACACCCGAAAGUGAAAUGAAACAAAAUGGAAUGCCUUCUUGAUUUUAAUAAAAAAAAUAAUCAAGAAAUAUUCUAUUGAAAUGUAUCAAAAUAUGCCAACUUAUCUGUAGAUAUUUAGUAUUUAGGAAAUAUUUAUAGAAAUGUUGACAAAUCCCCAAUUAUUAUUUAAUUUUCAGGUAUAUUAAGUAUUCAGUUUAUUAA